AGCCCCCGUCUCCCCGCCGGUCUAUAAAAAGGCUCCACACACGCUCCCCAGCCAGCAAACCCCAGCAGUCGCAGCAGUUCAGCAGCAAGCGCCCGCUCUCGAGGAGGAUGGACAGGCUCAGCAUCGCGCUCAUCCUCACCCUGGCGGCAGCAUCCACCAGCGCUUCUGAGCAGACCAAGUGUGUCCUGACAGGAUUUUGGAUCAAUGAGCUGGGCUCCAACAUGACCAUCAAUUCCGUGAACAGCCAAGGCGAGUUCUCUGGGUUGUACCACACGGCCGUGACAGCCACCAAGAACGAAAUCAAGAUUUCGCCGCUGCAGGGAUCCCAGCACCACAAGAACAAGCCGAACCAGCCCACCUUCGGUUUCACCGUCAACUGGAGUUUUUCAGACUCUACCACUGUCUUCACGGGCCAGUGCUUCGUGGAUGAGGAUGGAAAGGAAAUUCUGAGGACCACAUGGCUCCUGAGACAGGAGGUCGAUGACCUCAAGGACGACUGGAAAGCCACCAGUAUCGGCAGCAACGUGUUCACCCGGUUCCUGUGAUAGCACACGCAACCAUCACAGAGGAGUUGGCUGUGUCCUAUGUUCUCGUGUGGCCCCUGUUUCGAAGACCCCUGCCCACCCCAUCCAUCCUCCCGGCUCUGCGUCUCCCAGGUGGCUGCUGGAGGGUUGCCAAGCUGCUCCUCUCCCAUGACCCUGCAGAACUGCUCCACACACAAUAAAGCUCCAGGACUGCCAA